AUGAACGGAAAUGUUUCCGAAUGGUAUAACGAAUGCGACAAUGCCAUUAGAAGGUCAGAAAUAGUUCCUGGAACUUACGAAUAUACAACUGCUGUUUCUUAUGGAAACGUAGGUGAGUUUGGAGAAGGUUCUUCAACAACAGUAGAUAUUGCUUGCGACAGGUUUCAUAUUAUUUCUAUUGACAACUCAUUCUUAUACGUGGAACAAGACAUUGAAAUAAAACCUUCUGCCAAGUUGUCUGACAAGAAAGGUUGCAAUGGAAUUUUCUAUGUCGGAUACCAAUAUGCUCCAGAAGUUUUCAUGGGAUAUAAGAUAUAUUCUAACUCUGACUUAGUUCAAACAGUAACAUGGGCAAACUAUGAAUGGUUCGCUUUGAGAAACUCAGUACAACCACAAGCUAGAGAACAAACAGACCAGUAUGCAACUAUUGAGAAAAUAAGAAGACUUGACCCUAACGUUCCAGGAGUUUAUGUUAACCUUUCUGGACAAACUGCAGCAGCAGUAACCAAAGUAAAACUGAAACUUAGAGUUCCUUUGUCAUCUUUCCUCAUCUUCAGGUUUUUAAGAUACUUGCCAAACUGGGCAGGAAAAAUUUCUAUCGAACUUACUCCAAGCAAAAAUAACUUAGUCAUUGCACCAACACAAGACCCAUUCACUAUUACAGACGUAAAGGGAACAAAUCAAACGUCAUUCGCCGAAUUUUGCAAAGACAAAGUUGACUUAGACUUUGGUUUCUCAAACUUCAACAAUGAAGUAAACUAUUAUUUCAAUGCUGCUGGAACUGCUUGGGACCCAGUUAAGUUUACAUGCGAAAAAUUUGAAUGCAAGAGAAUAGAAAGCAGACUUGCA